UCCCCGACAAAGGUAACAGGUUGCAGUCGCCACAUAAUGAACUUGUUGCUCGGUUAAUUUGCGGUGGAGUUGUUUUCCACCCACUUUUCUGAGUGGACUUUGAUAGAUUGGAUGUCUGUGAAAAUAUUUGAAAUUAUUAUCAACAUAAAGGAGGCGAAGAGACGAAGAGGAGGAGAGAAGUAACUUAAACGAAAGAGCAUGAGCACACCAUCCUCAGGUCCGAAGACUCCAGUGGACCACGGUGUCCAGAUCCGCUUCAUCAAUGACCUCUAUGACACCAGUGGCAGGCAGUAUGGGUCCCAGCCCAAGACCAAGACUCAGAUCGCCUCCAAAUACGGUGUGGCGGUCAGAGUGCAGGGUAUUGCUGGCCAGCCGUAUGUGGUCCUCAAAGACGGACAGAAGGGAGACUCAUAUGGGGUCCAACUCAAGACCCAGUACUCCUCUGGCUACAAUAGCCUUCCCCGGAAGAGAGAGAAAGCUGAGCCAGGAACACAGGGGGCAGAUGUAGGGGGAGGAGGACUGCAAGGAGGGGCGCUACGCCGGGCUCAGUCCCAUGGGUCACUGCUAGACAGGGAGGGAGGGGCAGGUGAUGAGGAUUUUCAGCUGUCUAGACCACCAGGGGAUGGGAAGUCUGGUAGCUAUGGGAAUCUGGAUGGAGGAAUAGGUGUAAGGGGAGAAAGAGAGCUGGUUCAGCAUGUUGGUGUGAGAGAGGGGGGCAUGGAAAGGAAUACCUGGGGUGGUUCGUAUGAGGCAGGGCUCAAUGGUUCAGUGAGAGGCAGUCAGUCCUACCCUAACCCUCCUCAACAAACAAAUGAGCUUCACUCUACUCACAGGCAGACUGCUGGCAACAGAGGAGUAAACAGGUUUGAUGGUGGUAAUGCUGGAGGCCAGCAUAGAGGGUUCUCUCCUGCACAACAGGAUCCCAGAGCUGCAUCUCCUCUCAUCACUCCUAACCCCUUCACCUCACCUCCGUCUUCAACUCACAGCAGCCUGGGACGCAGCCAAGGUGCUGUCACCAAGGUUCCUGGAGUCUCUGCUAAUCAGUGGACUUCAACAGGGAGAUAUGCUGCUAUGGAGAGACCACAGGCCAGUUUGACUGAGGCACAAGUGACCCCUGACCUUUUGCUGGACCAGGGUCAGAAUGCAGAGAUGAGCAGCGAGGAGGAGCAGGUCAUGCAGACAAUAUAUAACAUCCUGAGAGAAGGGACCAACGACAGUGAUGUUGUCAUCAAGCACAAAGUUAAAGUCAUCUUUCAGAGGAUUCAGAACCUAAAGCCCAAAGAAAGCCCCGGGGACUGGAUGAGAGAAAAGAGGGAACUUGAGAGAAAGAUGGUUGAAUUACAAACUGCCCUGCAAGAGGAAAGGAGGGGUUCUGCUAGCAAUUCGGAUCCUGCUCUGAAAGCCGAGCUGGAGUCCUGUCUGGAUGAAAAUCUGCAACUCCAGGAGAUGCUGGAUAGGAAGAAGAAGGAAUUAAAUGACACACAAUCUGAGCUGACUCAGCUGCGUAUGGAUAGGGAGAAUGCGGAGGCACGGGUCAGAGAGAUGGAGGACCACCUGGCUGAGCUUCAGGAUGAACUGAGAAGAGAAAACGGCAACAAGACGGACCUGAUGUCUUACCAGGCACAGGUGAUGGAGCUCUGCCAAAUGAAACAGAGGCUGGAGGAAACGUUAAGACAGAGGGAGAGGGAGCUAACAGCUCUGAAGGGAGCUCUGAAGGAGGAGGUGGCCACACAUGACAAAGAGAUAGAGGUGCUCCGAGAGCAGUACAGGGCUGACAUGGAGAAGCUCCGGAGUAGCAUGGAGCAGGUGUCCCAGUCUCAUGCAGGGAUCGAGGCUGAGCGGUUGCGUGUAAACGCGUCAGUUCGUUCCCUACAGCAGCAGCUGGAAGACUGUAGAGACGAGAGCAGCCACUGGAUGGAGCAGUUUCACACCACCAGAGAUGAACUUCGAUCAACUAAACAAGAAGAGACACCCAACAGCCCUGAAACACCACUCCUGCAAGCCCGUUUGGAAAAAGAAGAGUUUGAGGAGGAACUGAAGGAGCUCCAGGAGAAAGUGAGCACAAUGAAACAACAGAUACCAGACCCCAGCCACACACAGACUCUUAACCAGGAGUUCCAGCGUUGCAAUGCUGAUCUACAGAAGACCAAGUCUGAGUUAGAGAAGCAUAGGACGGAGUUUGACAAAAAGGUCAUGGAGGUCAUCUCUGCAAAAAAAUCUCACCAGGAACAAGAGGCAGAACUGAAGUAUGAGAUUGACAGGCUAAAAGACCAGUUACAGAGGGCCAAAGAUGACUUUGCCAAGGCACAGGAGAAAAACAAACGGCUCCCAGACCCAGCCAUCAUCUUAGAGCUAGAGCAGAAGCUUAAUGAGGCGCGUAGUGAAGCUAGCCAGCUCAAAGAAAAACUCUCACUGGCUGAGGAGGAACUGGAGUCCAGUAAAACACGUCUGAGCAGAGCUCAGGUGGACCUUAGAUCGCUAGAAGAUGCCCAGCAGGAGCAAGAGGAGGCCAACACACGUCUCAAAGAGAAACUGUCACGAUUAGAGGCUCAGCUGCAGACUAACGCCACAGAGAGUUCAGAGGCAGAGCUCGCCCUCCACACUGAGGUGAGAGGGUUGAGAUCUGAACUUGAUGAGGCCAAGAGAAAAGCCUCUAGACUGAGCCAGGAGCACCGUGAACUCAGUCUGCGUUUAGAGGACACAGACAAAGACAAGGAGACACUCAAACAGACCAUCAACCAGCUGGAAGAGAUCAAGCAACAGCAGGAGAGAGCUCUGGAGAAACUCAACAAAGAGUGUGAGUCUCUGACCAUGUCCUCAAGAGAGGGGACACAGGCUCUCAGGGUUCAGCUGGAGGAGCAGAAAGAAAAAGCACGCAAGGAAAUGCAAGAGGCGCAACGUCACGGAAACGAGGCUCAAACCGAACUGGAAAGAAGCAAUAUAAAUCUAAGGAGACUGGAGGAAGAAAUGUCACGACAGAAGAAGGAGCUUCUGCUGGUAUGUGAGGAGAGAGACAACCACCAGCUGGAUAAAGAGCUUCUCACCAACAGACUGCGCCACCUUGAGGGAGAGCUAGAGGCCAGCAAAAACAACCACAAUGACAAAACCCGGGAGACUCGCAUCCUAGAGGACAAGCUGAAGCGAGUGGAGUUGGAGCUGGAGGAGGAGAAAAGCAGUGCGGAGAUGCUGACUGACAGAGUGACCAGAAGCAGAGACCAGAUCGAUCAGCUCCGCUCUGAGCUCAUGCAGGAGAGGUCCUCCAAACAGGACCUGGAGUUGGAUAAGAACGCCAUGGACAGACAACUGAAGGAGCUCAAGAGUCGUGUGGCUGACAUGGAGGGCCAGUCUCGCUCCUCAGCAGGGGUCUCUCAGCUGGAGAGCAAGAUCCAGGAGCUUGAAGACCACCUACGGAGUGAGGAGAGAGAGAAGAAUUCUGUGUUGGCGUCCCAACGUCGUCUGGAGAGGAAACUGAAAGAACUUAACAUGGUGCUGGAUGAGGAGAAACAAACGCAUACUGAACAGAGAGACCAGCUGGCUCUGAGAGUGAAGGCUCUCAAGAGGCAGGUGGAUGAAGGAGAGACAGAGUUGGAAAGGAUAGAUGGACUGAGAAGAAAGGCUCAAAGAGACAUGGAGGAACAGAUGGAGCUCAAAGAGGCCUUGCAGACUAGAGUCACAGCUCUGGAAACUGAGCUCAAGAGGAAAACCCAGGCAGCAAUGCGCCCAGCUUUGGAUUCAUCUGCCCUCAGCUCAGAUGAUGACGACAGCUUUUAUGAUCCCUCCACCAUCACCUCCAUCCUCACUGAGAGCAACCUCCAGACCAGCUCCUGUUAAAGCAGCAUGUCAGGGACAGGGUGAGGGUGGGAAAAUGUAGCACUGCCAGGGGGGAAAGACUUGCACUAUAGGCAAUAAGGGAGGUGUACAAGAACCUGGUGGGUUAAUGAUAUAUUGUAGAGGUUAGUAGGGGAAUAAUUUUCCACACAAAAGUGAAUGGAAGGAAACAAAACACCCUCAGUAUUUCAGGGCUGUUUCCUUCAAUUUUUAAUGUACGCAGUACAGUUGGAAGGACAUUGAAUGCAUGCAAUACACUACCAAACACAAGGUACUCCAGCAUACAAAAACUUAUUACUACACAGACUAAUAAAGAGAAUAAAAGAGGAGAGAAAUUAAUUGAAAGUAGAGGAAAAAAAGAAAAUACGUCUUUUUUUUGGUACAAAUACUGUCAAACCAUUUCAGGGUAGAGAUUCCGGUUUAAGCACUUAACAUUACCAAGUGUGGCUUUGACUGAAUAAUAGUGUUAUAGUGUAUAAAGAUAAUCACAUCAUUUCUUCUUUGCAUCAUUUCUUCUUGUGUAGACAGUUUACAUGUUGGACUUCAGCUUUCUCUGUAGAAUAGCCGACAACUGACUGACUCGAAUUCUACAAUAAUACUCACUGCUGAAUCUGUACGCCACCAAGCACAAAAAAUGUUGUAGAGAUACUAAAAGACAUGGACCAAAUGCUGACACUGAGCACAUACAAGUGACUGAAAACUGCAAGCAAUGCAACACUAUAAUCCUUAUACUAUUUUUCUGAAAGUUAAUAAGAAAGUUAACUGCUGCAAAAUAUUCUUACUGAAGGAAAUCUGCCUUUGGUUUAUGUAAAACAAAAUAUGCUGUAUUUUCUUUUUUUUUUUUUUGUAUUUUUUUUUUAGCUAUGAAUACGUCAUUCCUGUGCCUAAGGAUAGUCUGGGAGAGUUUACUCCCUGUCAAGUCACCUGGUACAGAAUUAUAAACAAUGAUUUUAAUGUCGCUCCUCUUAGUAAGUCUUUAUUCAUUGUGUCUUGAGCAGGUUCUCGAUAAAAGUAAAACAUGUUAGACUUUAGAUUCUGUAGUUUGAAACUCUGACUUGUUGAGUAUCACACAUAAAAGUAGUUUUCAACUUUUAAAGCAAAAAUAAUGGCCAAAAUAUGUCUGUCUGAAUUUUAAAUAUGUAUCUGUAGAAGCUGCACAAUUUCUAUGCAUUCCCUUAUAUGAAAUCACUGAAACAUAAACUGUCAUUUCAUUAUGAUGCCUUAAAACUGUUAAAAAAUAAUUUAUAAUUGACUUGUUACUCUUAACGAUUUUUGUAAUGUCUUUGUAUUUAACAUUUGUAGAUUGUAUUUGAGUCUUUAGAUGAUUUUGUAUACACUUUGAAUAAUCAGUUGGAAAUAUAAUCACAUUUCUCUGCAAUAUAUUGUUUCUCCCCCUUUCUUUUCAGUGAAACUGGAGAAUGAUACUUAAAAUGAAUUGUUAGACUGUUGAGUAUAAAGAUGUAUAUACUGUAAUUCACUGGAAAAAACUUCACACUGUGACUGUAUUUCACAAAAUAAAUCUUUUCUGUUGCAUUUAAAUUUAGAGACAAUAAAACUGUGAAGUUUACAGCAGAA